AUGAUGAAUUUGCCAAGGAGACAAUUCCCGGAUCCAUCGGUAUGGUACGCGGCACGCUUAGGAUUCGCACGGUCAUGUGCGGUUAUGUCAAUGAUUGGCUUUGUAUUGGGAUUAGGCGAUCGACACGGAGAAAACAUUCUGAUUGAUGUUAUGGAAGGUUGUGUGGUUCAUGUUGACUUUAAUCUCAUCUUCCAUAAAGGAGAAUACUUGCCUGUUCGAGAGGUUGUGCCCUUCCGACUGACACGAAAUAUGGUGAAUGGAUUUGGCCCGACAGGAGUCGAGGGGUCGUUUAGGAGAUCUUGCGAGUCAACGCUGAGAGUUAUGAGAGAAAAUAAGGAUACAUUAUUAACUGUUAUUCAAACAUUUGUUCAUGAUCCACUAUUGGAAUGGAUCAACACGGAGGCUAGAGCACAGCAAAACAAAGGACGUGGCCAACAAAAGCUGAAUGCUCCAUCAACAGAAAGUGUGCAGCUGAUUUUGAAACGGCUAGAGGGACACAUAGUUUCUCCAGAGGUAUACAAGCACAAAUUUUCAUGUGCUCCAAUGAGCCUCGAAGGACAAGUAGCAAAACUAAUUGACAUAGCCAGUGAUGAAAAGAACCUCGCACAAAUGUACAUCGGAUGGGGACCAUUUAUUUAG